AUGUUCGCAUCAAAUAAUCAACAAUUCGUUUUCCAAUGCUAUACUCCUACCGAUCUGGAAGUCUCCCCACCUGCCGAAAGGCCCGCGAAGCGUACGAAGCGUGACCGCCCCGCUCAUUGUAGUAUCUUGGCGUCCGAAGAAGCUGCGAACGAGUGGCUGGCAGAGAGAUGUUCGGAGCAUGAUUGGAAGAUCAAGAAGUCGCGGCACGAGGUGGCGAAUAAGGCCCGGGCGAAGAGGAAUGUCGGAAGCUCAGGUCGAGGUGGACGUCCGAAGGUGUGGCAGUACACGGAGUUCUGGGAAUGUCAGCGCGGCGGUGCCUACGAAGAUCGCCACAAACCGGACAUCCCAUCCGACAAGCGCCGUCCGAACCGCUCGCAUGGCAGCGCACUUGUUCAUUGUGAGGCUCGGCUCGUCAUUCGUCGCCCCGUCGGUCAAGAUGUCGUGCACGUUGAGUAUGACGAUGACCACAACCAUGAGGUCGGCACUGCAGCAGCCAUGGCCGAGAGCAUGCUUUCGAAGCGCAAUACCCGAUACAUCGCGGAGAAUAUCGAGCUAGGGCUAGACUGCUACUCAGCAUUCAAGAAGCUUCUUCGGCUUGAUGAAGAGAUGCUAGACGCGAUCUCUGGGCGUGACAAUGCCCCCAUCCCCGAAACUCUCGCAAUUGAAUAUAUGGACGUCUAUAAUGCUUGUCGCCGCAAGUUUACGACUGCAGCAGUUCGCAGCCGCGAUGGGAUGGAGAGCUUGCGGAUCUGGGCUGAGGAGCUCAGGGCUAAGGGCUACUCGGUUCUCUUCCAAGAUGUCAGUGUUCGGGCUGAUGGAGAGGAGUCGUAUGUUUUUGCGUUUGCGUCGCCAUGGCAGAAAGAGCUUCUACGCGACUACUCCGCAAUCAGCUGCCUCGAUUCCACACACAACACGUGCUUUUCUGCAAAUGGGAAGGAAGAGAAAGCUUUUCUAUAUACGCUCGUAGUCAAGAACCUUGUCACCGGGAAGGGUGUGCCAGCUGCAUUCAUGAUUUCGCCUGGAGAGUCUCAGUGGCCAGUGUCUGAUUGGCUCUCGUGGCUUGUUAAGCCUGUAGCAUCGGGAGGGCUUGGUUACAAAGGGAAGCGAUGGAUGAUUGAUUGUUCUGAUGCCGAAGCGGCAGCAAUACGGAACGCGAUUCCGGGCGCUGAGAUCAUUGUUUGUAUGUGGCACGUAUACAAGGCAGUUGCUGAGCAGACGAAGAAGUUAGACGUUGCCACAACAGGUCGUCGGGACAAGACCGCCGCAAAUCGGGCGCUUCGUGAUGGCGCCGUUAAUGAUUUCCGAUCACUCGCGCUCUGUGAUACCUCCGAGAAGUUCCACGAACUCUGGGCAAAGCACAUGGACAAGUAUGCUGAGUAUCCGGCGUGGCAGAAGUAUUUGCAGACAGAGUGGUUACCAAAGCAUAGGCAGUGGGUGCGGGCAUAUCGCCAGGGCAUCGUACAAUACGGGAUUGAAACAAACAACUACGUCGAGUCUUGGCAUUCGCACCUGAAGACCUUCUACCUCAAGCUCAUGCGCCGGCAACGAGUCGACAUUCUCCUUUAUAUUUUGUCGCGCCAAGUCCUUCCCGACUUCCGCCGUGAGGAGGCCCGGAUUCGACUUGGCUUUGCACGGCCCGCUCUAUGUGCUCGAGAGCGGCAGUCGCGCGACCUCGCAGAUGAGAUCCCAAGCAUCGAGCUUGGUGACAUGGUUCGACUUGAUGUCGGGGGUGACGAGAAUGCUUCCGUCCCGGAUAUCCUCGUCAUGUCGUUCACGCGUGACCCUGAAGUCUGGUACGAAGUCUCUGUCUGCGAAAUCCCAGGCCGUACGACUACCGAACUGCUACGACCGGUCAUCGCCAAGUGCUCGUGCCCGGCAUAUGCACAGACACUGCUGUCUUGCAAGCACAUGUACCUCGCCGCCCGCUUCGCACUGUACUCGGUGGAGCCCGCGGCACACAUCUAUGCCGCCUCGGCCGAACCUGCUGCCGCACAGCUGCCGCCGCCACCACCACAAUUCCAACAACCCCAACCUCUUGUCCAGCCCCUCUCCACAUUUGACACCUCAGCUAGCCUAGCCCAAUUUCAGCUUCUGCCUGACACGAACAUGCCGGCGGCCGAUCUCGCAAAAGACGGUGCACGUACACGCGCGAUCACCGAGCUGGCGAAAAUCGCCGAACUUUCGGAGCAGCUCGGAGUUCUCUCACCGGCGGAUUUCUCGAAGGAGGAUAUCGGGCGUAUAGAGGCACAGGCCACCUCUAUGCGUCGCGAUCUCACAGCACUAUUACAGAAGCGCCCUCUGUACGCCCGUCAGCGGUCAUAA